GCCUACAUCUCUCUCUGAAAACUCAUAAUUUGUACAGCUGCUUUUAGUCGACAUCGACGUCACUAACGCGUGAGCUUUCGACUGCCACAACAACACCUUCAAGAGAAAACGCACACUCGAACGAUGAGAAUUCGUUGGGCUACCGGCCUUUUGGUCGUGCUAGCGACCUCCGAAGCUGUCGGAGCUAGUAACUGGUUCAGUAGGUCUGUGUACAACAGCUGGCAUGAGACUGAGCUUGAACGAUGGCUCGACGACCAUGAUAUCCCAUACCCAACCCCUGCCGACCGUAAAGACUUGGAGAAAUUAGUCAAGAGCAACUGGAAUGACAAGGUUCAGGCGCCUCUUGCCGAUGCCUCCGAAUCCGCUUCAGAUCACUUGAGAGAUGUUAAGGAAUGGAUCUUUGACAGCUGGACUGAGUCUCGAUUGAAAGCUUUCCUCGAUCACCACGGUAUCCCAGCCCCUCAGCCACGCAAGCGUGACACACUACUCCGUGCUGCUCGUGAGAACUAUGAGACCGUUGCAAAGAAACUUGGCGAGACCGCUGCCUAUCCUGGAAACUGGUUGUACUCAGAAUGGAGCGAUUCGGAUUUGAAGGAAUGGCUUGACGCUCGCGGAUGGCCUGUCCCUCAACCCACUACUCGUGACCGUCUCAUUGCAGCCGUUCGACGCCAAUCUCGCCUUGCCAGUCUUGCCGCUAAGCAAACUGCUGCUUCGCUCUCGUCCUCUGCAGCUGCUACUGAACAAACGCUCAGUGAGGCUCUAUUUGAUGCCUGGUCUGACUCGCGUUUGAAGAAGUUCCUUGACGAGAACGGUGUCAAGGUACCUCAAGGAUCAAAGCGUAAUGAGCUUAUCGCGUUAGCUCGUAAGAACCGAAAAUACCUGACCAACCAAGCCUCUUCUGUUUCUGCUUCUGCCGCUAGCGCGUAUGGUGCUGCCACUUCCAAGGCCGGAAACGAAUGGGCUCGAGCAACUGAUGAUGCGCAGCUCAAGGCUGAAGAUGCAUUCGAUUCUGCUGUUGCACAGUGGUCCGAUUCUCGUUUGAAGGCUUUCCUGGAUGCACGUGGUGUUCCAGUACCUCAACACACCAAGCGUGAUGAGCUACUUGCCAAGGUUCGACUUCACAAGCACAAGGCUGCUACUGGUUACAGUGCCUGGACAUUUGACACCUGGACUAUUGACAACCUGAAGAAGUAUCUCGCAUCUGUGAACAACAAGGCCGCUAAGAAAGCCGAUGUUACUCGUGACGAACUCGUGAAGCAAGCUCAAGAGCAAUAUGCUAAGGCCUCCAAGGUGGGUGGCAGUCACUACGCUUCUGCUACCUCCUACCUCGCUCAAGCUACGGCCGCAGCCAAGAAGGAUACAUUCAACGAGUGGUCUGAGUCUGACUUGAAGAAAUACCUUGACUCGUACGGUAUCCCAACUUACCAGGGUUCUCACGUCAAUGAACUCCGAGCUGCCGUUCGCCGCAAUGCUCAAUACUUCCACUACGGUACCAGUACACCAUCACAGACAAUCUUUGCUCGUCUCAAAGAGGGUGCUUACUGGCUGAUUGAUCAGCUGAAGUUUGGUGCUGCACUUGGUCGUGCUCAGGGGCAAGAUGCUGCUGAGUCUGCCAAGACCAAGGCAGCUCAAGCUACUCAAAAGAUUCGAGAGGAGUUGUAAGGAUUUGUUGGAUUUGUUGGAUUAAUGAUAAUCUAGCAAGGUGAAUCAGUGGUGGUAGCGGCGGUGAUAAGAAACGAAGGUAGAUCACCAUAAGACCACGGAUGAUCGAAAUGACCAAUUCCACGAAUGCAGUAGUUAUGACCAGGUGCUUUAUCUUUUCGGCGUUGUGACACUUUUUACUCUCUUCUAUUCGAAGCUGUGUUAUUCAACUUUAGUCAGGUAGUCUAGUUUUGAGAUAUUCAGACAUACAAAAUAUUCUAUAAUCA